AUGUUAACUCGAUCAUCUGCAGCUUCACGUUCAUCUCCAACAUUAAAUCAACAAAUUGAAAAACGUCGACGUUCAACAAUAACAACAAAUGAUGAUCAACAACAAAAUGAUAAUUCAUCCCCAUCAUCAUCAUCAUCACAAGCUAAACCAUUAAAAAAACGUUGGUUAGCUCAUCAUAAUGUUGAUCAAGAACAACAAUUAAAUAAUACAAAUAUUCAAGAUAAUCUAUCAUCAAUAAAUAAUUUAAUAAAUGAAUAUAAUUUUCAAGAUUGGCAAACAAUAACAGUUCUUGUUGAUAUAGGAAAUAAUCAAUUAAAUGAAUAUAUAUCUGGUACAAUAAUUGAUAUACCAAAAAAUGGUCAUUUAACAGUUGCACCAUCAAUUAUAAAUGAUAAUUUAUUUUCAAAUAAAAUUGAAAUUAAUUUAUUCGAAAAUCUUUUUGGAAUAUUAUCUGAUAAUGCACCACCAAUAAGAGAAUUAAUUGAAGGUAAACAUGUUUUAUGUCGACGACAACAAAUACAUACGGAAACAAAUAUUAAAUAUUCAACUUAUCAAUCAGGAAUUAUUAUUGAAAAAACAAAUGAUGCGAAAUUUAAAGUUUUAUUUGAUAAUCAACAAGAUUCAUUAUGUGUACCAAGACAAUCAAUUAGAUUAUUUUUACCACCAUGGCAUGAUGAAAUUCCUGUUGAUUGGAAUGCUGCACUUGAUGCUAAAGGUUUAUUUAAAUCAACAAAUACAUCGGAAAUAAAUCAACGACAAGGUUAG